GUCACACUCAUGUUAUUCCACAUUAUAUUUUGUAUUGUAUUCUAGUUUAUCUAAUCUAGCAAAUAUAUUUAAGGCAACUAGACUAAAUGCUGAGCAUUCGUGUUUUAAGGCUACAAAAUGGGCACUCCAUUCUUAACAACGCCUGCCAAUUGGCACUUUCGCGAAACAAGAGCUCCAAAAGUUCGAGCAAACCCAACGUAACGCGCCAGGGAAAAAUAUUUGGCUCGUUGUUUGGAAAUCGGCUUAAAGGCAGCAAAAGCCAUUGGUAUCCAUCGCCCGAUGCAGGAACAUCAGGCAAUCAGAAGUCGAUGCACGCCUUGAAGUUUGGAACCCCACACUCGAAGACAACUGCCAGCCACAACAAUCGACGCAUGUCUGUUCUGAACAAGUUGUUCAUGACGAACAUCACUGAUAUUCUGGCCACCGGCGCAGUUGCCGAUUCCAUCGUGGGACAGGGAGUGCAGAUUUCCUAUGUCAAGAUCACCAGCGACUUCUCCCGCAUCAAUGUCUAUUGGAUGGGCAAGGAUGGCGGGGAGAACCAAGAGCUCGAAAACACAUUGAACCGCAUGAGCGGCAGACUGCAGCACGAAUUGUCGCAGUUGCAUCUGAUGGGCGAAGUGCCAAAGAUCAAGUUUGUCCGGGACAAAACGAGCACUGGUCUCCAUCAGGUCCAUGAGGUGCUGUCCAAGAUCGAUCUUCAGCAUAGUUACUCUAGUUCAAAUGUGGAAGUUGAAGAAAGCGACGCGCAGAUUUGUCAGCCGGCUGCGGAUGAGGAAUGGCCGGAGAUGCGACAGGAUUUCCUCAGUUUUAACCAAAGCUUAGUUAUGGACAAGAUUCUCGGCAAGAUGCGCAAGUCCAAAGAGGCCUGGGUUCAUCAUAGGCAAAAUAUUGCCAAAACCUAACGUUUGUUAAAUCCCUCGACUUAUGUACAUAAUGUUAAUUAUUAAAGUGUUAUUCAAUACAAUGUAAA